UUGAUCAAAGGAAACCCCUUAAGAUCCUAUUUUCAGCUAAAAUACAUUCUAUUUGAAAGGUUUGAUAUUUGCAAUUAAAGUUUCUAGUAUAUUUUAGUUGGUAAUGUUCUCGUUACUAGUAACUAAUAAUAUAAUGGGAUAAACAUGUUGUUAAUAGUAGUUUCCUAUUUCUUAGGAGUUUAGUAUUAUCUCUAUCUUUACCUUGCUAGACAAGGAUAUUCUGGGUUGUAUAUAAACAAAUGAUGUAUCAAUAAACACACGCUUUCAUAACAUAUUUCAUAAUAUUCUUGUUAAUGUGUUUGUAUAGACGUAUAUGUAGAUAUAUAAAUGAAUGUAUAUAUAUAUCCAGUGAAACCAUAGCCCAACUGUUUCUUAAAGAAAACAUUUUAUGUGUAGAAAUGGAUGCAAGAUUCUUGUACCCCUUGGAGAGCUGUAAAAUCAUCCACCUGUUGCGACAUGGACAAGCGAUGCACAAUGUAGCAGCCGAGAAGGAUAGGAAUGCGUUGUUGUCUCCUCAUCUUUUUGACGCCCCACUUACUGAUCAUGGUCACCAACAGGUUGAGAACCUCCGCGAACGUGUUGUUUCAAGCGGGAUACUAAAGAGAGUUGAGCUGGUUGUAACCUCUCCCUUGUUGAGAACUAUGCAGACCGCGGUUGGAGUUUUCGGAAAUGAAGAUAAACAACACAAUAUCACAAGUAGCCCUUCCAUUGUGGCACUUGAGGUUGCUCGAGACCGUAAUGGAGUACGUCCUCCUGAUAUGAGAAGAAACGUGAGCGAGUAUCAAACUCUUUUCCCCACCAUUGAUUUUUCUCAGAUAGAAAGUGACGAGGACAAUCUAUGGAGGCCGGAUGUUCGAGAAUCCGAAGAAGAGAUUUUGGCGAGAGGGUUAGAAUUCAUGAAAUGGUUAUGGAAGAGACCAGAGAAGGAGGUAGCAGUUGUUAGCCAUGGCAUAGUUUUGCAGCAUAUGCUGUAUGUGUUCGCAAACGAUUGCGACGACUCAGUUAGACAUGAACUUUGCAAGAGGUUUGCUAAUUGCGAAAUUCGUACUGUCGUGAUUGUAGACAAAAGCCUGGGUUCUACAGAAGACUGAUUCCAAGGAGAAAGUUUCAAAAGAUUCUAUAUUAUCUGAAGAAGUUACCUACAAUUUAUUUUAUUGUUUUAUUCUUGAAGUUCACUAUUGUUAAGUUGAUCAGCUUCUUCUAGAUACGUGAAUCCCUCGCAUAUCUACUGUUUGUCUUUUGCAUUCUUUUAAGAGAUGUACUAAAUAAAGUGAAAUUAAACUCACAUGAUAUAAUAUUAAAAUCAAAGACUUAUUGGUUACAAAGACAUAUAGUCUCCAAGUUUUGUAAAAAAAAAGGUUUUGUUUUAGAGUUUAUAUCGAGAGAUGUUGUCGAUGAGUGUAGAAUAUACGGUUUACUUGAGUAAAAUGAAACUG